AUGAGUAAAGCAAUUGAGAAGGUGUUUCCACAGACAAGGCACAGAUUGUGCAUUUGGCAUCUACAUCAAAAUGCACAAUCUCAUUUGGGAAAACUAAAAAGUGGUAAGACUUUUUAUGAUGCAUUUCAAAGAUGUAUAACUGGCUGCAUUGAUUCAUAUGAUUUUGAGGAAUGUUGGAAAGCAAUGGUUGAAAAUCAUAACUUGCAAAACAACUCGUGGAUUCAGAGAUUAUAUGAGUUAAGAGAAAAGUGGUCUAAUGCUUUCAACAAAGAAUACUUCUCUGCAGGAAUUCUUUCAUCUCAAAGAAGUGAAAGCACUAACCAUGCAUUAGGAUUCAAAGCAAAAAAGACUACAAACUUGACUGAAUUUUAUGGACUGUUCAAGCAGACAAUAGAACGUUGGAGAUCUAAUGAAUUGAGUGAUGAAUUCCAGUGUAUAAGAGGUCAACCAACGAUGGCAUUACCUAUGACUGGAAUUAUAAAGCAAGCUUCCAAGGUAUACACUCUUACAGUUUUUAAGGAUUUUGAAAAGCAAUUUAUGAGAUGUCUUGCUGGUAGUUUUUCUCUUCUAAGUGAAGAAUAUGAUUUCAAGCUUUAUCAAGUGAAAGAUGGACAACAUACAUACCAAGUCAGUUUUUAUAAUGUGAUGAAUACUUUAGUGACUUGCACUUGCAACUUGUUUGAGGAAUGCGGGAUACUGGUCUGCUACAUAAACAAGAGGUGGACAAAGCUUGCAAAACAAGCACUAUGGGAUAAAAAUGUUGAGCAACAAAGUAAAAGUGCUCAACCUUGGAGGCAUCAAUUUGUGAAAAACUGCUUGAAUCUAGCUCUACAAGUCCAAGACAAUGAGAAUGCAAGAAUACUUGUUGAAGAUGGGUUAGAAUCUAUAAGAUUAGCAGCACUUCAAGAGAUGAAGAAUACAAUGUUAGAAACAAAUGAAGCUCAAGAUUUAGAGGGUAUAUUGAAUAUAACUUUCUGGACAGGAACCUGA